AUGGCCGACCUCGAGCACUUACCCAUCCUCACAUCAGAGGAUGAACAACCCAUAGCACUCCGACGCAAACGACGCAGUAGUGCUGCACCAUCUUCUAACGGAAGUUCGCCAUUGCGAGCAAAUUUCCGUACAUCUACAAAAGCACGACAACAAUAUGGGAUCUCAACCCCGCCAUCGACGCCCAAAAGGGUGAAGAAACGAGUACGAUUUUCCGACCCAGGACCACCUAUUCCUUCACCGAGUAACUCGAAUUCUUCGGGCCUCACACCAUUUAUGCGAAGAACUUCCCUUCUUUCCACACCUACCUCGAGACGGAGACAUUCGACACCUGUAAAUUUGUUGCAGUCUAAUCGGGCCCAAUAUGACGCGCCGCUAUCUGGGGAGAUACAAUUCGCGCCUUUGCGACAGGUUCUCGAUGGAAGGGUCACAAGGAGAUUGAGACGGAAUAGACUUAGCGAGGAGACGAACAUAAUUGAAAUCGAGAAAAGACACGAGGCUAGAGGGCGGAAAAGGGAAGUGGAAAGGUUGAGGGAAGAGCUGGCUGCCAGAGAUUUAGAAGUCCAAAAUAUGCGGGACGAACAGGAUAUUGCGAGCCAGAUUGAAGAGGAAUCCGGAUUCCAGGUCAAUACGAAUACAAUGCAAAUUAACAGAAUCCGAGAGCUGGAGAGGGUUAUUAUUCAAUUGAGGGCUGAGUUACGAAGUAAGGAGGAGGACGAUGAUGCGACGAUUGAUGAUCCUAAUUGGACUAUGGCGGCGAAGGACCCCUUUGAUUUCGAGGAUGAAGACGAAAAUAUGAUUAUAAACUACGAUUUGGAAUUCACGUACAACGACGAGAUGAUUACCACUCCAACGCGACUAAAUACUUCUUUCCCAUCGCCACCAUCCACGGUUCCAAAUACUCCUAGCAGGUCGAUGAACGCCGGUAUACAAGCUAGCCCACUAGUCGUUGACUCCGAGAAGGAAUUGCUCCGAGAACAACUUGAGACACUCCAAGCCGAGGUUGCAAAUCUCACAUCAACGAUUGAGUUCAAUCAAGAUCAUCAUCUACGUCUGGAACAGAAACUCUCUGAGUAUCUUCCAGCUGAUGAAUGUCAUGACGAUACAUCACUGGAUUCUGCCCUUGAUGGUGUUCUCACACAACUCGCACUGUCUCAAUCGCUUGCCAUUGAAAGCAAGAACGCAUUUUCAGCCUUGGGCCAGGAAGUAAAUAACCUUGGCUUCGUAUCCUCGGGACCCGAGGAGACCUUGGAGAUCAUCGCAAGACAAUUUCGACAAGCGCGUCUUGAUCUCGAGUAUCUAACACCCGGUGAGAUUCCGGAAGGAUUCGAAAACCACAAGUUACUCGAAAUGCUCGUCUCCCGCAUCAAGGUCCUAGUCAAGAAAUCCAAAAGAAAUGAUGAAAAGAUCGACGAGUAUCACGAACAGGAAAUCUCUCUACGACAGCAACUCAGCACCCGGAUCGACAUCGGUGAAAGCUUGAAUAAAGAGCUCUACCUUGUCAACAAGGAGGCAAACGACCUGAAGGACGAAUUGGAACAAGCCGAAAUCAGCAACGGAAGACUACAAUCAGCACUCGAAGGUUACCGACAAGAAGUUGCAAACCUAGAGAAGCUGAUCGAAAAGAUAGAAGCAGCCGGCCACGAAAAAGAGCAAAGUCUACAAUCCGAGCUCGCCUCAGUGCAAGAGCAACUUCAAAAUGAGGUGUUGGGGAACUACACCACUCCACAAGCGCACGAAGACAAAACCACCAUCCUCAAAGAACUCGAGCUCCGACUGAGCAAUGCUCUAGAAGCCGGUCGCCAGAUCCAGGACGAGCUCGCUACUCUCUCCACCUCACUCGCCGAAAAAGACCAACACAUCAAAACCCUCGAACUCUCAGCCUCAGACCGCGAGAAAUCCCAUGGACACGCCCUCGCCCUUCGCGAUGCGCGCGUCUCCCAACUCAGGGAGGAGGUCCAACGUAUCACUUUGUCCCUUGAGACCGCAGAAUCUACUAUCGCUUCUCUACGCAAAUCCAAUUCCGAGCUCGAAGCGCAGGUCGAGGGGGAGAAGAGGAGGGGAACGCUGUUUAUGCAAGCGUUGAGGGAGAAGAUGGUUAGUGCUGUAGAAAUCAGUACUGGAUAUCUUAAUGAGGAGAUCUCCGUGCAGGGACCCUCCGUUCCUGUUGUUGCGGAGCAGAGCUCCGUCGUUCGUCCGGGUCUGUUUGAUGGUGCGCUUGCGAGAAAAGGGGGGAGGAAGAAGAGACGGUUUUAUAGCGGACUUGGGUUUUUGGAGGAAGGUGAGGAGGAGGGGGAUGUUGAGAUGUGA